CUCACACACUCUCUCUCACUCACACAACUCUCUCACACACACAGUCACACACACUCACAGGGAGUAAGCUGCAUUUUGGAGCGUACGUCCUCGCUCUUACCCCGGUAACAGAGCCUCCACAGCGGCUGUUCCGCCUCGCAGUCUGCGGCGGAGCUUCGUCGUGACAGAGUUUGGAAGCGGCUGGAGGAGGAAGAGGGAGGAAGAGGUGGAGGAGGAGGAGGAGAAACGAAAGAUCUCCCUCCACGCUGAGCUGCACGUUUAACAGAAGAGCAGGAGGAGAGUGGAGGCCGAGGUGGUGUCCUCCUGUCAGAAACACAAGCUCCGUCCGACACAUGGUUGACAGUGGGAGACGGAAGUGACCGAGAGAGACGGUCCGGGAGUGACAGAGAUCCAGACAACCACUCAGAGAGAGAGAAGGAGGCAGUUGGCCAUCUGUGGUUGGUCCCCUGCUAUUCUGCAGCUGUGCCGGAUUUCUGCUCCUUCUCAAGUAAAAAAAAAGACACACAGUGAGAUAAGGGGGUUCAUCCAACAGCUGAUGAGCCCAGACUGGGGCAAUGUUAAGGCCUCAAUGGCCUUCAAUUAAGCCCCUGAGGCUGCUUCUGUUGAGGGAUGGCUGAUGCCCCAGCUGGAUGUUCCGCUGUCGCCUUCCUCCACGGCUAUCAUUAGUGGCUAAUGAGCUCCUGCUAGAGAGGAAAGGGAGACGCUGCCUGUGGAGAGAGGAGGAACCUUACAGCUGUUAUUAGGAGGCCUGGAGAUCUGACAAGGAAUUAUUUACCUCUGCAAGAGACAGAAACCCUGUAAAGCUUUUUCCUGUGCACGAAGGGAUUUUGACUUUGAAAGAUCUGCUACAGACAUUUAUUUUCCGGUUCCAGCUUCUUGUGUUUUUGCUACAGCAUUGUUUAUACUGUACAUUCAAAUUGUCACCAUGCAGAACAUCUUUACUUCUCACAUGAAGGAGUUUCACCAAAACACUAUAUUCCACUAGGUUUUUUUGUUAAAGUUAUAUUUUUGUUUCACACUUUGACAUUGUUUUGACCUUCCUAUGCCCUGACGCACAUUGGACACAAUGGCAGCAGCCUAUCGCGUAGUGGUGAGCAGCGUGAGCUGCUACAACAGUGUGGUAGUGGACCGGCGCACUCACUCCCAUGCUGUGCACUACUGCUCAGGGCCAUGCGGGGCACUGUCCCAGGGACUGGACUGUACAGUCGCACACCGCGGCACCUGCUCUGAGCUGCUUGUUGCACCUGAUCUCGUUUACAGUGACACAAACGACUCAACCAUACACUGUCAUAACAUGAUCACUCAGCAACUGCCGAACCAUGGUAAAAUUAGUGUUACCACGGAUACAAGUUAUAAUGGUGGUCUAGAGAGGGCGGGGAGCAAUGGUAAUUUGUCUUUAGGGGAGGACAGCCCCACAUGGCGAGGUAAAAAGACCCUAAGUUGCGUAGGAACAACUGGAAACCUGAGCUCCUCUAGCAGUCUAAAGGACAUAACUGAAGAGGCCAUCAAUCUGGCCAGUGGUAAGCUCAAAGAGUUUUCCUUUGACAAGCUCCGCCUCUCCUCCUCCAGCCACGUUACCUUCCGGAAAGGUCGCAAGGUCCGCCCAGACUCUUUUAGCCGACGCUCCACUGACCUGGAGAUCAUCUACGGUCACUUCAGUUCUAACGUUACACCUAACGGAACAACUAACGGCAUGACAAAUGGCACGGCCACUUCUAAUGAUGAGAACAUGCCGCCAUUUAUGAUGGAGAAAGGGACAGGGCCGGAGGAGACAAAGCUAAAGGGCAGCUCUGGCCCCUUGACAGCCAUCACUAAAGCAGUUGGUGGCUCGACCAGCAGCCUGUCAAGUUUUGGGACAUUAGACCAAAGUCUGAACACAGUGGCUUCCCUGUACCUCAGCACCCUUGGAGAGGAGAACCUUAUUGCCCGCCUGCUGGAGAAGACACGAGCAGAGGCAGGCACAGGGGGAGCAGGCGGGGAGGACAUCCGGGCCUGCCUUGACAUCUUGCUUAAAUGUUCGGAAGACCUAAAGAAAUGCACUGACAUCAUCAAGCAGUGCAUCAGAAGUAAGUCCGGUGGAGGGCCUGCGGAAGGAGGGGCCAGUCCUGACAGCGUGUAUCGAGCUGUGAUGGCCAGACUCAGCACCUAUCUAAAACGACUGCCUCUGGAUCUGGAAGGGAUUGGGAAUUUGGGUGGCAGUGGGCAGGGGGGUCAGGGGGCACUUGGGAGUGGCCACAGUGAUUUGGCCGAGCUGGUCAAUACCCUUCACUCUAUCCAACAGGGACCUUACUCUCCAAUAUUUGGCAAUGAGCAACCUCCUCGCUAUGAGGAUGUGGUGCUGUCCCCUCCCAUUCCAAAGACUGUUCCUCAUUCUGCAUCUUCUGCUCUCUACUCUGUCUCGACUUCCACCUCAUCUUUCUUAAAAUCAGACUCCAUCCAUACCAAACCAAUCCAAAGCUUCCCAUCCAAAGCCAGCGCUCUUACCAAUGGACUACAUCACCCACAUUCUUCGGCUAUUACACAACACACACUCUCUCCCCCAUCUGUGACCUUCCCUUCCAGCUCCAGCUCUUCUCCAACACAUUCUCCCUCCCCUCUUCGUAGCUCCCCUACUCCACCAUACACACACACUCCUCCAGCUUCCCCCAUGGAGGCUCUUUAUAUUGAAGAGGAGGAAGCAGAUGUGGGUAAGAGUCCAGAACAAAUCUCACAACAGACACUAACUUCAACCAGAGGGAUGAGCAAUAUCCAGAACACAAAUGGGACUGUGUUAAGUCAGCCCACGAACCUAUCACAACCACACACACUCCACAAUUCUUUAAACACGUUGCCAGCCAUCACAGGCUACGUCCCCACGGCCUCUUUAGCAGUCCCAGCACCCAAAGCUGUGUCACACAGGAAUGAUGACAUCGACAAGCUGCUGAUGGAUUUAGAGAAUCUGUCUCAGAGUAUGAGCAACCCCAGAAAUACUGAGCCUCCUCUUCCAGCCAAGACCAGGAAGAGAGAGGCCAGCCAGGGGACGACCUCCAAUGAGGCCCUCGCUCACCAGAAAAUGUCCCAGUUCCAAAUCCAGAAGCCAGUUAGCCAUUUGACCAUGAACGGCCCUAGCUCAAGGACUUCUCCAAGUCUCACUCCUCCCAACAGUGAAUCUCCAGUAGGAGAGGAGGAGGAUGGAGCACUUCUGCUCAGGAUCUUGGAGAGCAUUGAGAGUUUUGCUCAGGAGCUGGUGGAUUCUGGGGCGGGAAGCACAGGGAGUGCUGAGAGGAAAUGUGGGAAGGAGCGGGAGGUGAUGAGGCUCCUGCAGGAUACACUAGCCACCACCGGCAGGGCUGAUACCCCUGUGGAGAGCACAAACCCACCACCUGCUGCUCCCGCUGCUCCAUCCAUGCACAUAAAUGCAGUUCCAGCGAUCCCGCCAAAACACUUACCGGCAAAUACAAUUACAGUAUCAGUUACACCAACACCUGCUCCAAUGGCAUUUGAAGCUAUGUGCAAUGCUACACCCGAACCGACCCCUAAACCUGCAUCCGAAGUUGUUCCCGAACUUCUGCUUACGGCCACACCUGAGCCUACAACAGAAGCAACAGAGGAAGAAACAGAGGCCUCUACCGAUGACAUCUCCUAUUCUGUAACAUCUGCACCGACCAGCUUGCAUUCCAGCGCACACUCAGUUGACCCUACACCUGUGGCUGCACCUGAAGCUCCAGCACCUGUCGCCAUCCCAGCUGCAGCAGAUAUAAGAGAGGCUGCUGUUGCUGACCCUGCUACUGUGAGAGACACCGGGUCAACACUACUCAUCCAGCAGACUCCAGAGGUGAUCCGAGUCCAGUCCAAGUUAGAGAACAAACCGGGCACGCCACCGCCGGCCCCCGCCCCCGCCCCGGCCACACCGACCCCGACGCCGCGCUCGCCCAGCCCUCCUCCGGCUCCGGUGAUCGUCACCCCUCCUCCCCCCGCCGCAGCCAACAUUCCCAGGUUCUACUACCCCCGUGGGCUCCCUGCCCUGGGCCCGGCUGCCAACCACGACUCGGCCAUCGCUGCCAUCGAGGCGGCCUUCACGGAGUUCGAGGAGGAGAAGGCGGACAUUUAUGAAAUGGGCAAGAUUGCAAAGGCUUGUGGGUGUCCUCUCUACUGGAAGUCGGCCAUGUUCUACGCUGCCGGUGGCGAGAGGACGGGCUUCGUCUCGGUCCACUCCUUCAUUGCAACCUGGAGGAAGUUGUUGCACAGUUGCCACGAUGACUCAUCCAGGUUUAUUUACCUGCUGACCAAACCCGGCUGUAACUACCUGGAGCAGGAGGAUUUCAUUCCUCUGAUGCAGGACAUCGUGGACACUCACCCUGGACUCACCUUUCUGAAGGAUGCACCUGAAUUCCAUUCCCGCUACAUCACAACGGUGAUCCAGCGGAUCUUCUACGUGGUGAACCGUUCGUGGACGGGUCGUAUCAACAUGAUCGAGCUGCGCCGGAGCAACUUCCUCCAGACGCUGGCCCUGCUGGAGGAGGAGGACGACAUCAACCAGAUCACCGACUACUUCUCCUACGAGCACUUCUACGUCAUCUAUUGCAAGUUUUGGGAGCUGGACGCCGACCACGACCUCUACAUCGACCCCAAGGACCUGUCGAGAUACAACGACCACGCAUCCUCGAACAGAAUCAUUGAGAGAUUGUUCUCAGGCGCCGUCACUCGGGGUAACGCGGUGCAGAGAGAAGGAAGGAUGAGCUACGCCGAGUUUGUCUGGUUCCUCAUAUCUGAGGAAGACAAGAAGAAUCCCACCAGUAUUGAGUACUGGUUCCGGUGCAUGGACGCAGAUGGCGACGGCGUCCUCUCCAUGUUUGAGUUGGAGUAUUUCUACGAGGAGCAGUGUGAGAGGAUGGAAAGAAUGGGCAUCGAACCUCUGCCCUUCCAGGAUCUCCUCUGCCAGAUGCUUGACCUGGUCAAACCUGAGAGCUCAGGUAAGAUAACUCUGAGUGAUCUGAAGCGCUGCCGGAUGGCCUACAUAUUCUUUGACACCUUCUUCAACCUGGAGAAAUACCUGGACCAUGAACAGAGGGAUCCGUUUGCUGUGCAAAAGGACAUUGACAGUGAAGGUCCGGAGCCGUGUGACUGGGAUAAAUACGCCUCGGAGGAGUACGAGAUACUGGUGGCAGAAGAGACUGCAAACGAACAGCUACACGAGGGGUCUUUUGACGACGACUAUGAUUCUGAGGAACUUCAGGUCCCCGGAGAGAUCGGGAAUAAAAUGGAAAAACUGGUGAUAUCAGAUCUGACAGCAUAAAAAAACAUUGUUGCUGGAAUUCCUGGGCCGUUCAUCCUGGAAAACAGAUGGUGAGCGAGAGACAGACGUUCCCCAUGGAUGGAGGGACGGACCGAAAGAAGCAAAUGGACGUAAAGACGGAGGGAAAAUGAUUCUGGCAUCUGUGGAACGAUGACUCUGGAGUGUUCCUCAGCACGGACUCGUCAGUUUUGUUGUGUGUGUGUGACCGUAAACCAGUACUGUGCUUUGUCUGGUGCAAAAAAAACACAAAUGCACCUUUAUUCAUGCAGGAAACCUUCACUGUAAAAUAAUGUAAUUGUGAAUCCUGCCAGACGACAAUCACCUGCGAUCAGUCGUUGCUCUGCUGAGGCCGGACAGACACUGAUGGAGCUGGAGAAACGGACACAUGGAAACACUGCAGAUAAGCACAGUGAUAUGCAUCGCCUUCCGAAACCCCACAGACACACAACAGUCAGCUGCUCAGCUCUACCACACACAGACACACACACACACAGACAGAUACACACUGCCAUCAGAGACCGGCUGCCCGAGCACCUCGCCCGUCACUGUGUUUUUUUCUCGUAGAGGAAGUCGUUUUAAAAACCUCUGUUCCGUUCAGGGAGGACUCACGUAUACCGUCCGGCUGGUCGUGGCAGCGCCUCCCUGUGGCCGGCCCGUGCCACUGCACGUCGUGCACGCCGCGUAAUUACUGGCUCAACCUCGCCAAGAGGGAGUUCAGUUCACUGCACAGCCUGAGCUGCUCUAUUCUUAGAGGGGGCAUUAUCAGCACCCCACCUCUGGACUCGCUUUGAAGUCGUCUCCAAACCCUGGAAGAAAUGUCUCCGGCUCCGCGGAGCUUCAGCAGGGCAGAGGGAGAGAUGCGUCUCGACAGCCAUGAUCAAACUCUCUGGUAGAGUUACCCACACAUUUCCACCUGUAGCAUUUGUAAUUAUAUAUAUAUGCGCAUAAUAAGAACUGUGAGCUGGUCCUGUCCAUCUCAUGCACUUGUCCAGCACAUGGUUUUGUGGUAAAGUGUAUUUUACCUGGUAAUUAUUUUUCUUUAGUUUCUGUCGUUUAUGCCAAAAAUGCUUAUUUUUGUUCAGCCUGGAAGUUUGGUGUUUUCACCCUGUAACACACACACACCACUGAGGAGGUCUCUGAAAGGAUCAGUACGUCCAAAUGAUGAAAAGAAAUAUAACUCCAUCCAUUGAGAUAUCAGCCCCUCAGUCCAUCUCAUUACAGUGAUGGUGAAUUAAAUGUUUUUUUUGUUGUGUAACCUGCAACAUGGAAAAAAGCGUUCAACCUGUAACGGGCGGCCUCUCUGAACCCGUGCCCCUGUUAUUCUUAAACCAAACCACAGAACCCACUGUGAGCAGUUUCCAUUAGGAGCUGCUUUCUGUCGAGGAACCCGUCCUGGCUCUGACGUCUGCGGAGGGUAACGGGACACCGCGUCUGACGAGGCGUGAUGCUGUUGAAUUUCUGAAAUGCAAUUUCGUUUUUUCAUGCUUCCAGGACCACGUUGAAUCUUGCCAUCGUACCGAGAGGGAGACAGAGAGCCAUAGAUUUAUUUUAACAUGAGCAAAUGAAAUCCCUUAAAUUUAUUGAACCUUUACCUCUUGUUAUUAUCUGUGUUGCACUCACAGGUGUGUACAUGUGUGUGUACACUGCCCUCACUACAGUAGGUCAGAGCGUGUGUUGACUUAUACGUCACUAAUCGAGGAGUCGUGUUUUAGGGACGUGGGAUCUGUCGCUCUCAGCUCAGGACUGUUUAUACGUCCUAGUGGUCGCCAUGGUGAUGCUGUCCCUGUGUUGUGUGUUGUGUAUGUGUGUGUGUGUGUAAUGUACACAGACACACUCGUACACGCACCAUGCAAUAGUUUUCGAAUGAAAGGGAGAAAGAGAGCUCACGACGCUGCGAUGACCUCCAGUUUCCCUCCUCUGCUCCACAGCCUUUGUAAAUGUGCCUGACUGUGUAUUAAACUAUAUUAUUAUUAUCAUUAA